CGCCGCCUGAACAUUGAUGAUCACCAUCAAUCGGAGAUCACCAUGCGGGACGCAAGACAAUCUUCUCGUACCCCGAUGAAGCAACGGCGAAUAAAUCUGGAAGGAGCAGGUGAGGUGACUUGCGAAGCGGAAGAGGAAAACCUGGAGUUUGCGAUCCUGCCCAGAGUCCAAUCCUUAGGCCCUCAUGCUACCACUCUUGCUAACCAUGGAGUUCAACUCUUACCUGACAGAAUCACGCUACAGUCCUCCACCAGCAGAAUAGCCAGUUCUGCAGUCCAGCUCGGUGAACAGCAAUGGACAAUCAUGACUGUGUACGCUCCAUCUGAUCCUGUAGAGCGAAGAGGCUUUUUGGAGGAGCUCCCGCACGUGGUACCCCCGGCGCAGAACAUUGUUCUAGCUGGGGACUUCAAUCUGGUGUUGCAACCUGGUCUUGACUCCCCUGCCCCAACUCCACGGAAGUUGGAUGCACAGAUGCUGCUCAGGUUUAUGGAACUCAACGAAUUCACAGAUGCCUACAGGAGCACUCAUCCCACAGUUCACGGUUAUACUUGGCACUCUUCACAAAGAACCGGAGAUGCUCCACCUCCCAAAAGACGCCUGGACCUCCUAUUAACUAAAGGGGCAGCAUGGGAAUCACUUACAACAGCAGAGGUCAUGAUCACACCGGGCUCGGAUCACAGACCAGUGGUGGCAGACUUUCUACUUGAAGGUCAGUUGCAGCGAGGCCCAGGUAUAUUCAGACUUAAUAUCGACCACCUCAACUCACCGGAGCUACUGCAGUGGGUUGCCAACCACUGGCAACAUUGGCAGUCCACCAGGGAUUGGUUUGACACCGAAGAAGAAUGGACAGCUGUAGGUUUCAGAAUCGUGACGCGGGCCCUGGAUGUCUUUUCGUGCAUUCAGGCAAGAGGGCGGAGGCAGCAAGAGGACGAGUGUCUGGCUCAUGUAAAGGAAGCGGAGGACAUGCUAGAGACAGGUACCAUCACAGAGCUCUACUGGCUUCACAGGCGUGACAGAUGGUUGUCGAAAUGGGACGACCUGCAGAUUGAACAGCAGAUCAGCUGGGCAAACAAGGCCAAAGAAAAAGGUAGUAUUACGGCUGAUCGAAUGAGUAAAGAGACCUUCCAGAGAAUCUAUCCCCGACAGACCCACACAAUGAUAAGAGAACUGCAGCAUCCUUUCCACGCGGAAGCUGACGUCGCAACAGAUUCAGAGGCCAUCGGGGACUACGCAAGACAAUAUUUUGAAGACAUCUUAACUUCGCGCAGACCUCCGGAUCAGUCUCUAGGACAACUGCGGGAAGAGAACGACCUGUGGAGCAACACAACAACGCAACUCUCCUCAGAAGCCAGGGAUCUACUGGAGCAGCCAAUCACAAUGCCUGAAUUAUGGGCGGCAACUAAAGCCAUGGCAAAGGGGAAGAGUCCUGGCUCAGAUGGGCUGCCUGUUGAGUUCUAUAUCGCGUCGUGGGAGCACGUGGGGCCAAUCCUUCUGAGACUAUUCAACAGAAUUGUGGAGGGAGGUACACUCACUGAGGAUAUGAAAUUUGGGGUUAUCACCUUGUUGUACAAGAAGGGAGACAAGCGCAACGUUCGUAACUGGAGGCCCAUUAGUCGCCUGAAUGUCUCAUACAAGAUCUUGGCCAAAGUACUUGCCAGAAGACUGGCGCCGUUCCUACCGAACCUCGUCCACACUGAUCAAGGAGCUUUUGUCCAAGGAAGCUCCAUCUUCGAGAAUGUUCUUGCGGCUAUGGGCGCCCUCGAGAUCAUUCAACGAGAAGACCGGCAGGUCAUGGUGGCCAUGCUCGAUCUUGAGAAGGCAUACGACCGGGUCAACUGGUCGUUAGUUCUCGCAACACUCCAGCACAUGAACUUUGGUCCAAAAUACUACAGAUGGGUGUCCGAAUUAUACACAGACUCGACGGCAGCGGUGCUUGUGAACGGCUUCGUCUCCCCGAUCUUUACUCUCACUCGCUCUCUGCGCCAGGGUUGCCCAUUGGCGUCCCUUCUGUUUGCCAUUCAGAUGGAGACACUACUCAACUCGUUAAGGGCGGCACCACAACUUCAAGGUUUGCAAGGUGACCAGUUGCUGACGGGCGCCAUUGCGGAUGACCUCCUGCUGGUAACAGAGGCAACUCCUGACUCUUUAGUGGCACCGAAGAGUAUCCUGGACUCAUACUCUCAGCUCUCUGAGGCGCAACCGCUGCAGCAAGCCCCUGGGCCCAUGCAGCCUAUGCAGUGGAUGCCCAAGAUCCCUCUACUGAGUCCUAAACCUUUUUCUGGAGACAGGAAGAAGGAUGAGGAUCUGGAUACCUGGGUAAGGACUGUGCCUACAUAUGUGAGGCAUAAGCUUACAAGGCCAGAGCAGAAAGUUGUAGUUGUUGCGUCCUUUUUAGAAGGAUCAGCAGCACGUUGGUUGAAUGGGUUCGUGCAGCAGCAGGGCUAUGGUCAAAAUUUCGAUGCAUGGGCACAGGCCCAGACAUUGGAACAGUUCGUACAGACUGUGUACAAGAGAUGGCAUGACCCUCAAGGGGCUCAGAAGGCCACCGGCGCGAUCAACAAUCUGUGUGCCAAGAAGUACAAGAAUGUUCGCGAAGUCACAGACACUGUAGAACGUCUGAUCGUAGUACCUGGUGUGCGCUUUGACGCUCAAGUACUCCUUACGGAUUAUUUGAGAUGUCUUCCAUCAGAAGUCAGGACGAAACUGGUGGAUGAAGCCUACAGAGACCAACACAGCUUUGCUACUUUCAGCAGGAAGGCCUUAGACAUAGAGGCAAAGCUGGGAUCCGCACAUCAGGUAUCACAUUAUGGUAGGAAGAGACUCCCCCAGGACUGGAAGAAGAAGGGUCAGUUGAUGUUCGUUGACCAUGAUGGUCAAACGACGGAGAUUGACGAUUUUCUAGAUCUUGGGGAGGUGACAGAGCAGGAUGGGGCCAGCGAGACUUCGGAUGGGGGAGUCGUGGCACCUAUCAAGGAAAAGGCUAGGGGGAUCGGGAAGAAGAAGGUAGUACGGUCCACGGGCGUGGUGGAAAGGGAGGUUGUACAUGCUAUAGAGGUUGUCCCAGGUAGCAAGGUGCCUAGAGGACGAAUCUAUAGGAUGUCUUCCGUGGAGUUAGAUGAGCUUCGCCGCCAGCUCAAGGAGCUCACAGAGAAGGGAUGGAUACGGCCUAGUACCUCCCCUUACGGCGCUCCAGUGCUAUUCGUACCAAAGAAGGGGGGUACCUUGAGGAUGUGCAUUGACUAUAGGGGUCUCAAUGCCAUCACUGUGAAGAACGCAGAGCCCCUACCCCGCAUCAACGACCGAUUGGAUAGAGUGCAGGGAUGCCGGUACUCUACUAAGAUAGCUUUAAAGUCCGGAUACCAUCAAAUUGCCAUUAGACCUGAGGACCAGCACAAAACCGCUUUUCAGACCAGGUACGGUCUGUACGAGUUUGUGGUGAUGCCCUUUGGCCUAUGCAAUGCACCUGGGACGUUCCAACACGCAAUGAACCGGAUCUUUCAUGAUUACUUGGACACGUUUAUCGUCGUGUACCUCGACGAUAUCCUUAUCUUUAGUAAGACUGCAGAGGAGCACGCUGAGCACUUGAAUACAGUGCUAGGUCUCCUAAGACAGCACCAGUACAAGAUUAACUUGGAGAAAUGCGAGUUCGGUCGCACCAAGAUCUUGCAUCUAGGUCAUGAAAUUUCAGCAGAUGGGUUGAGGCCGGAAGAUGCAAAGGUGGCCAGCAUACGUGACUGGCCUAGACCUUAGACCGUUACUGAGGUCAGAUUGUUUUUGGGGACGACAGGCUAUUAUCGUCCCUUCGUCAGAAACUAUAGUACGAUAGCCUCCCCAUUAA